GUUGCUCCUAUAAGCAGCAUUAGGCUGAGUAUGAAGCACCGUGUAGGUUAAUAGUUACUGUUGGGUCUAGCUGCAUCCGACACACCGUCAUAGGAUGGUGCUGGUGGAAUCGCUUUAUCCGCUUUAGAGAUUUGACUGAUCUGAGUUAGUGAAAGUGUUUGGGAGUGUGGUUUGUGGGUGCGGGAAGGAGAAAGGGAGAGCCAGGGAGAGAAGAUGCGGGGACUCCUCCAGGAAUGUACAAUGAGCUGCAUCGUCAGGCUCUCCUCUCAGCAUUCGUUGGAGGAGGCGUACUUCCUACUCUAAGACCUUCCUGGUUUUCUUAGCUGAGUUCCUCUGCAUGAAGACCCCUGACAUCGGUGAUGUGAUGAAUAAAUUUGAAGUCCUUGGCAUCGUUGGCGAAGGAGCCUAUGGAGUUGUCCUCAAGUGCAGGCACAAGGAGACCAAUGAGCUUGUGGCAAUAAAGAAAUUUAAAGACAGCGAGGAGAAUGAGGAGGUUAAAGAGACCACCCUCCGGGAGCUCAAGAUGCUGCGGACCCUCAAGCAAGAGAACAUUGUGGAGCUCAAAGAGGCUUUCAGGAGACGGGGAAAACUCUACCUGGUCUUCGAAUAUGUGGAGAGGAACAUGCUGGAGUUGCUGGAAGAACUGCCUAAUGGAGCACCACCUGACAAAGUGAGGAACUACAUCUACCAACUGAUCAAAGCUAUCCACUGGUGCCAUAAGAACGAGAUUGUACACAGAGACAUCAAGCCUGAAAACCUCCUCAUCAGCUCUGAUGAUGUUCUCAAACUCUGUGAUUUUGGCUUUGCCCGAAACCUUUCAGAGGGAAGCGACGCCAAUUACACGGAGUAUGUGGCCACUAGGUGGUACCGUUCUCCUGAGCUGCUACUGGGAGCUCCAUAUGGCAAGGCUGUUGACAUGUGGUCAGUAGGCUGCAUUCUGGGGGAACUAAGUGACGGUCAGCCAUUGUUUCCCGGGGAGAGCGAAAUAGACCAGCUGUUCACCAUCCAGAAGGUUCUGGGUCCUCUACCAGCCGAACAGAUGAAGCUGUUUUACAACAACCCGCGCUUCCAUGGGCUUCGGUUCCCCUCAGUGAAUAACCCUACAACCCUGGAGAGAAGGUACCUAGGCAUCCUGAGUGGCCUCAUGCUGGAUCUAAUGACAAACCUAUUACUUCUGGUCCCGUCUGACCGCUACCUUACAGAACAGAGUCUGAAUCACCCAGCCUUUCAGCCCCUCCGCCUCCUGGAGCGACCCGCCCAGGCACCACCCUCCCCUAACCCCCCACGCUCCUCCAAGAGGAAGCCCCACAACCAUGGGGAGAACACCGUGCCCACCAGAAGCCACGGCAGUAAGAGCUUAGGACACCGUCACUCCAACAGUAAAGAAUGCUCUAGCCUUCCUCGUCACGGCGACCUUCACCUAGGCAACGACAGCUUCCUGAACGGCAACAAGCCCGUGUCUUCUAGCCUGAGCCCCACGCUCCACCCCAAAGCUUACAUGACCCAGACCCUGAACCGCUCGUCCUCUUGUAGUAAAGAUCUGGCCAACAACAACAUGGCACUGCCACACCUGCUCAGCCCCAAGGAUGCCAAGGGCGUGACACAGUUUGACUUCAACCUGGCGGGCGUUGUGCCUCCAGGGGUCAAGAUUCCUGACCAGCAGGGCCCUGGGGCCAAGUAUCUCAAGUCAACGUCCCGCUCCCAGCAACAGCAGCAGCCGCCAGGCCAAGGACGGCACUCAUCCUUUCUGGAGGGAAAGACAAAUACCAUGGAAAAACAACAUGGCCGCCACGUCGGUCACAACAUAGACUCCGCCCACAGCUCGUCAAAAAGCAGCGGCUCCUACCUGAGCCUGUCCAAGAGCCACAGCGACACCACUAAGUCUGUUGGGGGCAAUCUUGGAGAGGGGGCGAGGCUUCAUCCCGAUGACCCUGUGGCCGCUGCUGGAAUCUCCGCACGGUUCUUCCCGGCCAGUUGUCUGGACCUUAACCUGAACGCUCCCCCUGGAAGCCCACAGGCUCCCCGGCACAGUGAGCGCCACGCCUCCAGCCACGCCGGGCACACCUCCGGCCACAGCCCCUCAUCCCGCGGCAACAACCCCCGCCUAGAGAGCUCCACUCUGGACUCCUCGUCCCGAAGGACCGCCUCUUCCCGACACAAAGCGCCAGAGGAGGCCAAGGCCCCGGGCCCGGAGCUCCUGGACCCGGGAGGAGGCGGUGGCGUCGGGGGGAACCACGGGGCGCACACUCUGGCGUCUCCCCACGAGUCGUACCCGUACGGCCUGGGCUACACCAGCCCCUUCUCCUCCCAGCAGAGACCCCACCGCCACUCCAUGUACGUGAGGAGGAGCGAGCGCCACCGGUCCCACGGCGGGGGCCCCGGCGCCGGGGCUGCCGGAGGCGGGGGAGGGGGCAGUGAGGGGGGCUUGGCGGUGGGGCAGGGCAUGCCGAACCGGACCAGCAGUCUGCAGAUGCUCUCCCCUCAGCUGCAGCCCCGCACCCUCACCAGACACUCAGCCGGACACUCGGCGGGAUCGUCCAGGGAGGACUGCACGGAGGACAUGACCCGGAGUGAGCCGUCUCCUAAAGAGGCAGUGCCUUCUCACACCCGACCCCAGAUUAAAGACUCCACACGAGACAACAACUCAGCCAACUUUCAUUCACAACGCCCUGCUAAGAAUGAGGUGCCAGUAGGUAUGUACCAUGAUCCCCACACGGAAGAUCCCGUGUCCUCCAAGGAGAACAGGAUGAUCUUCAGUGACUCCAUGCCUAGGAGAGUGGGAAGCUUCUACAGAGUCCCCUCCCCCAGACCAGACAAUUCCUCCUCGUUCCAUGAUGGAGGAGGUCAGAGGGAGAGUCGGGGGCCACAGGGAGCAGGAGAUCCGGGUGUCAUGAACAACCACUCCAAACGCCAGACCGCCUUUGACUGGAGUACAGCUGAGACCAUGAUGAUGAACGAACCUGAACCACCCAAGGAGAAGGAGAAGCAGGGUUUCUUCCGGUCUAUGAAGAAGAAGAAGAAGAAAUCAGCCAAUACAGCAGACAGAGUCGACGGUGGACCAAGCCCCAGCAUCAGGAAAUACCUUUUCCCCCUGUUUAACUCAAAGACUAGCUUAAAGCAUAACUCCUCUCAGAAAGUUCUGCCAGUAGUGUCUCCGCCCGUGGUACAACAUCAGUCAACCGCGCCCUACUCUGCCUCACCAAUUCCUGGCGAUGGGCAAGACCACCUGUUUAUCCAGAAAGGGUCCAAAUCCUCGUCCUCUUCCUCCUCGCACCAUGGCAGCCGGCGUAAGAACCGCGAACGGUCCAGAGACCGGGAUCGUGAGCAGAGCCGAGAGCGUGACCGUGAUAGAGAGAGGGAGAGAGGGCGAGAGAGAGACAGAGUCAGUGACUGGCAUCAGGAGAAACAGACAGACUCCCAGUCACAGAACCAACCCCUGAAGUCCCUCCGAAGGCUCUUGCACCUGUCCCCCUCCUCAUCCACCCAACCACCUCCCCCCUCCGACCUGCGCUUCCAGCACCUCCCCAACCCCAACGCCCCCUCCUCCAAGGGGGUUGGCUUCAGCGACGGGAGGGGUGAUGGAAGAGGUGACGGGAGGGGCUCCAGUAGUUCCAGCUCUGGCCAGUCCAAGAGUCAUCGGAAGCAGAGUUACCCACUCCCGGGGCAGAUAGCCGGGCAGAUCGAGUCCAACUGGCAUGCGGCGGCCCUCGCCAGGGCUGAGGGGGCACAGCCGUACCCCGACCAGAUGGUCGCCAAUGGGCCCACCUUCACCAGGCCCUCCAGGUCACGGAUGCCAAACCUGAACGACCUGAAAGAGACGGCCUUGUAAGGAGAGCGCAGAAAUACAAAUGCAAUUCCGUCUCCUGCAACCAUUGACUUGAAUGGGGAAACAUUUACAUGGGGGAGACCUGUCGCAGCGCCUCCUGGUGUCAUGUUCAUUACACACCAAACGGAAGAAAACGGACUGAAACUGGGAAUGACUCCUGUCCAAUAAGAGACACACAUUCUUGACGGUUGGAAGCGUUUUGUAACGUUUUCAACCGCCUCCGCUAAUGAAUAGGGCUCUGGGCUCGCUACUGCCGCCUGCUGGCUGCCGGACGCUACUAAAGCACCCAAGACAAUAAACAAUUUAGGCUUUUAUCUCUGAAUGCACUGAAUGGUGGACUGGCUGUAAAGUCUUAACUUUUUUGAAGCUUCAAACAUUUGAUAGAAUUUGUAUUGAUAUUAUAUUAUAUUAUACUGUUCAUGAAAUCCCAUUGAUUUGAGUUAAAUGAGAUGACCUUAUUUAACUAUGAAUGAUAGGUAUAUGGAAAUAAAGAAAUAUUGUAGAAUGAAUAAUUGUGUAAUAUUGCAAGAGCUUUAAAAAGAGAUGUAAAACUAUGAGAUUCUAUGUGUAAUAAUAAUUCAAGAUUUCAUCAAGUAAUAUUUAUUGUGGAGGUCUUUCACUUACUUCAUGUAAAAAUAUGUAUUGUUGUUACCGUAUUUUAUUUAUUCAGUCUAUUUGCUUUAUGUCUUUUACAUUUAUUUACCUGAUUUGUCAUCUUAAGAAACAGUAUUCAACAUUAUAAACGGUUAUAAUAUAAUGAGAUAAAACCUCAGCUGUAUGGCUCAGGGAUGUGCCAUUUCAUUUGCCAAAUCCUCUUGACAGACAGAUAUAGCCUGAUUCCUGAUCUGUAUGUGCAGAAUACCUGACUGUGACUUUUGGACUUGCCAAAACAGCACAAACAGAUCUGAAACCAGGCUAGCAGAAUGAGGCUAAGACAAAUUUCCCUUUAUCUAGAAUAACAAACAUGAUUCUGUAUCAAAUGAUAGACUGUCAAAAUCAGCAUUUCUGCUUCUAGUCUGUCUAGAGAUUGCGUCCCUCACCUCGACUGUGUUUAGCUUCAGUACUGUUUGUUGUAAGAAACAUGUCAUAAUGCAGUGUUGUAAAGCCCAGACCAUAGUCUACAGACGCAGAGAUGUGAUAGUCCAGCCCCCCAUUGUAACACAGCUAUGUGGCUCUGAGGCCAACAUCUGGGGGAAUGCAGUCUGAACGUGCACUUUUCCAUAUCUCCCUACCAAAGCGGCCCCAGUAUGUGUCCUCCAUUCAAUUCAAUGUGUUGAAGAAAUAGCUUGAGCUGUCCUGAGAAUUCAAAUGUUAUUAAAGCAAACUGUCCAGCUGUUGGGGCUGUGCGUGCACACUUUUGGGCUACAAUUACCUUAAAGGGACAGUUCACCAUGUGGCUAUAUUUUCACUCUUUUUGUGCUUGUAGUUGAUCCCCUAAAAUGUUUUAGUAUAUUUUGUUAUAGAGAAAAUUGUGUCACCUUUUGCUGAAUCCUGACUUAUCAUUCUGACUGACUUUUCUACUUUCAAUAAUGGAUACUAUUCAUGAUAUCAUCAACUAAACAGUCUGAAUGAACUUUCCAUUGGGAUAAUACAAAAUAUAGAACAUUUUAAUUUUUGAAUCAGCUACAAGCGCUAUAACAGUAACAAUUAUGCCACGUGGUUAAUAAAACCUUCUAAUCAUUAGAGAGUCAAGUGCCAUAUUCUUGUUCAAGACUUCCUGUUGAGACAUCACAGACAAAUUAAGACUUCCUGCUGAGACAUCACGUGACAAAUUAAGACUUCCUGCUGAGACAUCACCUGACAAAUUAAGACUUCCUGCUGAGACAUCACGUGACAAAUUAAGACUUCCUGCUGAGACAUCACGUGACACAUUAAGACUUCCUGCUGAGAGAUCGUGUCUCAAAUUAAGACUUCCUGUUGAGACAUCACGCAACAAAUUAAGACUUCCCUGUUGAGAUGUCCUAUUGUCUCCUGGUGAACUGUCACAGUCCACUGUCUCCAGAUGGGCAAGGGCCCUUGGGGCCACACACACAGACACCACCCGCCAAACAGGCCCACCGGCCGAAGGCGUGUUGACUUGACCUGAACGCAGACUCCUCACAGAGAACGUCCUUCCCCAGAAGCCUCACUCUUUCACUAGGGUCCCGCAGUUCCAAAGAAACGUGUGCACCAGCAGUGCAUUUGAUUCUUCAUGGAUAUGUGCUAAUCAUAUGAACAUUCACCGCUUGUACUGGAAUUCCCCUGAUGUUGUUUUCCUGCAUCCAAAAGUGUGAGCCCAAAUAGCAGCCUUUUCCGUAUAUUGUGCAUCGUAUAUAAGUGACCAAAGCCCUAUGAGCACAGGGCUAAAAGGGUACACUAAAAAGGAAAUAGGG